AAAUUGGCAUUACAAUUAAACUGAAGGGCCGUGUUGAAAACAUUAGCUUGUUAAAACAAACAGUAACAUCAUCAGAAAACACUCUGUACACACCAAGCAAUAUAGAGGGACCACCCUGGAGACAUUCAACUCUUUUAAAAUGUUACUUAGUCAAUAAACGUUUGUGUUUUAUUGCAGUUGAAGGACACUGAGUGAAUAUUUAAAAAGAAAUAAUAAUGAACUUCUCAAUCUGUGUUUUAUUGAUUUCCAUCUUUCAUAUCGCUUAUGGAGAUGAAGAAUGUGUUGGUGAACACGAAUAUGUAGAUAAGAUGGGAAGUUGUCAACAAUGUGAGAUGUGCCCACCUGGAUAUCAACCAGGAAAGUACCACUGCGGGUAUGGUUCAAAGGACAUUGACUACAAAUGUGUUGCUUGUGACUCUGGAACCUUUUCAAUCGCUACUGAUUACAAACUGUGUGUAACAUGCCAUCCAUGCAGAAUAUGGAACAGAUCCACAGCACAAGUAUGCACCAGCACAAGCAAUGCAAGAUGUGGUUCAUGUUACACCCACUUCUUCCGACCAUUAAAAUCAGAUGGAGAUUUUGAUGAUGAAUGUCACACUUGCAAACCAAACUCGAAAAAACCAGAAUGUUUGAAUAAAGAAAAUGGUUGGAUGAGCACUGGUAUCAUUGUCAUUGGAGUGAUUGCUAUUCUGUUCUUCAUUCUGACUUUAAUUGUUUGUGUCUUGUACAUCAGAGGUCGUAAUAAUCGAGCUACAAAACCAAACGAAGAUGCCGAGAGCAACACAACUCGAAUCGGAUCCGGUCUCAUCCGGAUGUUGACCGGAAGAUGCAGUCACGAUACUAUCACAAGUUCCUCCCAAACUCCUCUCACGACGCCUGACUCGCAGGAUAUUUUUGCAGAGAAACCUCGUUCUCAAGUCAACAGCCCUCGAAUGAAUGAACCAUCCCCAAACACAGGAGUUCAUUCAACAGCAUAUAGCUGUCAAUCAACAGCUUUAUUUUGCGAACCCAAUGAUUAUUCCAAUAUGCCGACUCGGGAGUUUCAAGAAACUGCAAGAUGCUUAAGAACGGAAGUGUUGGUCCAUCAACCAGGAAGAGACUUCGAAGCAAACCUUGGACAUGAAUUCCACCAGAUUGAUGGAUUACAUUCAAACAGAGCAGAUGAUAUGUUUCUUGUGGAGUCUUUUGAAACCAACUCAAUAACCAAACCUUACUCCACAUACGAGUCUGAGAAUUUAUCCCAACCUUUAAAUGGAGAAGCAAAAGUUAACAUUUAAACCUCUCAUGACAUGAAGAUAAUUUGAGCGAGUGAAGUCCAAAUGUGCAAUGAGAUUAUAUGAACACUGCUGAAGCUGAAUCAUAAUAAGACACUGUCUUCUGGAUUGUUCCAAAACAAUCACACCAUUCCUACACUGCUGGUUUGUCAACCAGCGUGGAAAAUAUGACCAAAGCAAGAAAACUAUUUAAAACAUUGAUUGUCAAUCUCACUGACGGGGUUAGAACCUUUUAAAGUCAAACUAUUCAUCUUAAGGACAAACAAGUGGUAUUUGACCUGCUCUAAAGGCUAUUACCCUAAUUGACCAGUUAUGUGUUUUUAACAGUUUACCCAAAAAAGUUACUUUUUUCUACAUGAAAUGUCGGAAUAAGUUCUGCGUUUCCAUUGUACCAAAGCAUAUAAUAUGUUUUCCAGCAUGCCUUUUUAUUAAAGCUGUUUUAUAAAACUUUUAUUAGCUUAAGUUAAUUUUUAUAUCACAAAUUCACGAUUGUUACAAUUUCAACCUUUUACAUACAUUAUUAAUUACAUAUUUUUAUGUUCUGCUAUUUUAAAGUUGAGCAUUCUAGCCUGUUGACAAUACAUUUUGAGGGUAAUACACUUAAAAAAACACAAAAAUUAAAAAUAGGCCCAAUAGCAUAAAGUAUUCUUUUUUUAAAGAAAUUUUAACCAAGUCUUUCCUACUUUUGCACUAAAAUUUGUUUUUUUACCAACCAAACGGAUGUGCCCAAAUCCUUUUUUAUUGAAAGCAAAUUUUAUAAUGUUUUAUACGAUGCUAAUCCUGCAGUGUAAGUUUCAACAUGUUUAAAGUUCGGCUAUGUCGCUGUUUGUUUCUUUGUAACAUUUUAUUUUUUGUAACUAACUAAAGCGUUUCAUCUGCAAAGCUAGUGGUUAAUCUUAACUACCUAUUCACUUGUCUGAUGCCAUUGCAAAGUGGUUAUCGUGCCUGCCUAUAACUCUGGCUGAAGGAUGCUACCACUGUGGACGUAUACGUCUUUGAGCAAGACGCUCAACAGCAAUUGCCCCAACCCAGUGGUCACUAAUGGGUUGUCCAAAUAAUCAGCCAUACAUAAAAAU